CUCCGUUCAUUCUUACAGCGGUGACAUCGCAGCAUGGAGACCCCGGCCGGCACCCAGCGUCCCUCCGAGGGCUAUUUGGAGGCUUUCAGGCACUUUGCCACCCAGGCCAUCCACACGGGGCAGGAGCCUGAGCAGUGGACCUCCAUGGCAGUGGUGCCCCCCAUCUCACUGUCUACCACCUUCAAGCAGCAUGGACCCGGGGAGCACGCAGGGUUUGAAUACAGCCGCAGCGGAAAUCCAACCCGAAACUGUCUGGAGAAAGCGGUUGCCGCCCUGGACGGUGCCAAAUACUGUUUGGCGUACGCCUCGGGAUUGGCCGCCACGCUGAAUAUCGCGCAUCUCCUAAAAGCCGGGGACCAGAUCAUUUGUACGAGCGACGUCUACGGAGGUACAAACAGAUAUUUCCGGAGAGUUGCAGCCGAAAUGGGUUUGAAGGUGACGUUUGUCGAUUGCUCGGAUCUAAAAUGUCUUGAAGCUGCAAUUACUCCCGAAACCAAGCUUCUUUGGAUCGAGACCCCGACGAACCCGACGUUAACCGUCAUCGAUAUCCAGGGCUGCGCGGAAAUCGCUCACAGGCGGAAGGACAUCAUUCUGGCCGUCGAUAACACUUUCAUGUCCGCGUACUUCCAGCGCCCCUUGGCCCUGGGGGCCGACAUCUGUAUGUACUCCGCAACCAAAUAUAUGAACGGUCACAGCGACGUCGUCAUGGGUUUGGUUUCUGUAAAUUGUGACAAACUCUACGAGAGACUGAAAUUCCUUCAAAACGCCCUCGGUGCGAUUCCGUCCCCUUUCGAUUGUUAUCUCUGCAACCGAGGCCUGAAGACUCUGCACCUGCGCAUGGAGCAGCAUUUUAAGAACGCGCUGGCCGCGGCGCGGUUUCUGGAAGCGGAUCCUCGCGUGGAUAAAGUGAUAUUUCCGGGUUUGCCGUCCCAUCCGCAGUACGAGCUGACGAGGCGCCAGUGCACCGGGGUGCCGGGGAUGAUUACCUUUUACAUUAAGGGGAACCUAGAACACGCCAAGACCUUCCUCAAGAACUUAAAGGUUUUCGCGUUGGCAGAAAGCUUAGGCGGGUACGAGAGUCUGGCCGAGCAUCCGGCAAUCAUGACGCACGCCUCGGUGCCAGAGGAGGAUAGAGCUGCUCUGAACAUCAGCGACUGUCUCAUCCGCCUCUCUGUCGGCCUGGAGGACGUCGAGGACAUCGUGGAAGACCUGGACCAAGCUCUGAAAGCCGCACAUCCGGAUCUAUCAAAUCACAAAUAAAACCAAA